AAGCAAGUACUAAUAGUUAAGAAAGAAGCCACUCCUCAGAAAAACAUUAUAGCCUCUUCUCCUUCCUUCAUCAAUCUCUCUCUCUCUCUCCCUCUCACUUAAACGAAAGAAAGAAACGAUUUUUAAUGGAUCCAGGAGAUCCUACUUCGAUACUCUUCACAAAGAUCCGAACUUUAGAACCGGACUUCGCCUCCAAAAUCAUUGGCUACCUCCUGUUACAGGACUUGGGUAAGAGAGACUUGAUGCGUCUUGCUCUCGGACCAGACACUCUCUUACACUCCGUUUGUCUCAAGGCCAAAACCGCUCUGGGUCUCGGAUCCUCUCCUUCUUCUUCUGGCACUACGCCGUUGAACCCUAUCUCUAGACCCAUUAACAUCCAUCGUCAUUCCCCGAGGAAUGGCUUUACGGAGUUCUCCAGGAGCCCUUCACUGAACAACCCUAACGUGGGUUCGAGUCCUUUUCAAGCAAGUUCCUCUCUUUUCGCUUCGGAUGGUGGUAGUGGUGGUGACGAUUUGCUCGAUGAGGGGCAACUCGGUAACUACUUGUCCUUCCUCAACGAGUCUUCUUCCAAGAACAACAACAACAACGACGAGAACACGGAUCUGUUCGGGUUCUCUGGCGACAACGAAGAUGCCCAUUUGCACAAGAGGAGUUUCUCGGCGAGUGAUGUUUGUUUCGGUUCAGAGGAGCCCGGUUACGGCGGCGGUUACACUCGGUUUCCUCACGGUGCUGGUGGUGGUGGUGGUUUAGGGGAUGAUUUUGAUUCUCCGGGUGGGUUUGGGUCUCCGGAUUACAGACAGCAAGAGGAGGAGAUAGCGAGGAUGAAACUGGCUCAACGGCAGCGAAUGGCCGCCGCUCAGUUCUUGGCGGCUAGUGGUGGUGGCUCUCCAAUGUCUUAUGAUAAAGGCAUUAAUUUUCUCUUGGGUUCCCGUAACGCUCUUAGAUCAGGAGGGUUUGGGGAUGAGGGGUACUGGUUUGGUAGUCCAGGGAGACAUGAAAGGGAGGAGUUUAUUAUGGGGAUGGGAGAUAAAUCUAACUCUGCAUCUAAACAGAUUUACUUGACUUUUCCAGCUGAUAGCUCCUUCACUGAUGAAGAUGUCUCCAACUACUUCGGCAAUUUUGGAGCGGUGCAAGAUGUAAGGAUUCCAUACCAGCAGAAACGGAUGUUUGGGUUUGUGACUUUUGUGCACUCUGAAACUGUGAGAAUCAUAUUGGCCAGAGGAAACCCUCAUUUCAUCUGCGACUCACGUGUGCUUGUUAAACCCUACAAGGAGAAAGGCAGAAUCCUUGAAAAUAGGAGGCAGCAGCAGCAACUGCUUCAGCAGAUGGAGAGAGGGAACUUUUCUCCUGGUUCAAGUCCAUCUGGAAUGGAUGCAAGGGAUCUCUUUGAUUGUCACUUCGGACCGAGGAUGUUUUCUAGCACGCAAGAGAUGAUGAUGAGGAGAAAAGCUGAGCAAGCUGAGUUGCAACAAGCAUUAGAAUUCCAAAGGAGAAGACUUAUCAAUCUGCAGUUACCCGACUUGGACAGCGAGUCGUUCCACCAUCACCAGCGCAGUCUUUCUAUUGGCUCCCCUGUUCAUUACCCCUCCCGCGUCAAUCAAAGCAUGCUCUUUCGAUCGGAAAACGCUGGUGAACAAGUCUUAGAAGGUAAUGGUGAUUCAGGACAUUUUCAGUCUGAAGCAAACCAAACGUUUCAGUCUGAUUCUGAUAAUAAUAACAACAGCCACAAAGGGCAAGAGACAAGUCUGGAGAACGCUCUACCUGAUUGCUUCUUUGCUUCCCCAUCAAAGACCGGUGAAACCCAAGAACAGUCCGAGUCUGAGAAUGACAACUGUGCUACUCUCUCUGUUACUGUGGAAAUCAAGCCAGCCUCAACACUUCAAUCAGCCUAGCUAUUUUGAAAAGUAGAGACUGAUAAAAAGCAGGAAGUAGAAGAAGAACUUUGUCUAUAUGUAGAAGAAGAAGCUAAAGUGGUGGUUUUAUAACAUGCAACAGAAAGAAAGGGAGUUAGGAUUUUUUUACAUAUCUCUGGCGGUUAUGGAAAUGCCAAAUCUGAAAUAGAAUUACAACUAAGUACUAACCUCAGACGGUGCAUUCAUAGGCAGAGAACAUUACAGUUACUCAAACCUUAAGUUUUAAAGUUUCUUCCUCUGUUCAUUGAUGAUUGGUUGUUUACCUUUUUUACCGGGUCACAAGACCUCUGGUUCUUGGACUAGGUCUACUUCAGUUGUGUGUCAGUACAGAUGAAAAUAUUUCUCUCUA